AUGAUAUUUCUUUUAGCAAAGUCUCCGCUUCUGCUGCAUGCACCAGCAACCAAAACAAUCCCACAGCUGUUUAAAAGUGUGCUGAAUAAGUCGAGUGGAGCUACAACGACCUGUGUCGCCCAUCUGACUGCUCGCAGUGAGAGUGAAAAGCCUUCUCGUCGUAAAAUAUGGCCUUACAAGGAAAGAGGAUUCAAAGAAUGGCAUGCCUUGUUUGACAGAGUAACUAGUCGUUUAGACGAUAACAGUAAAAUUAUUGUUGUCGAUGGAAAUAUCGCCAGCGGAAAAACAGAAAUGGGCAAACAAAUUGCGAAGGAAUUCGACAUGUUGUAUGUGCCAGAUUUCAACAACAAAGAUAUGUACUACUUUAGCGAUGCUGGAUACCCCGAUGUUCCUCCCAUAGAUAUCAGAGAAUUUGACGAACAGCUACCCAUGAAGGCCCGCACUUGUGAUUUUGAAAGAUUUUACUCACAAAAGGGGCCCAAAGAAGUGUUGAAGAAUAUUCCAAGAACACAGUAUGAACUCUUCCGGAAGAAGGUGUUUAGAUAUGCCCUGACAGUUACUGCUCAUCUUUUAAAUACAGGUCAAGGUGUGGUUAUGAACAGAGGAAUGUGGUCAGACAUCAUUUGGGCCUUGACUCUGACGAAGGAAGGCUACAUGAGUAAAGGAGGUCUGAAAUCGUAUCGCUUCCAGUAUGAUGCUAGUAUCGAUUACUUCUGGCAUCCGCAUCUGGUUAUUUAUUUGGAUGGCCCAGUCAGUGUUAUCCGAAAUCGCAUCAAAAAGAGAAAUGUGCCAUGGGAGGUGAACAGCCCUGUCUUGACAGACAGCUUCCUGCAAGCUAUCAGUGACUCGUACAACAACCACUAUCUACCCUUCAUGAAGAAGUACAGUGAAGUCUUAAUUUACAACCUAGAGGAGAAUGAAGAAAUUGAUUUUGAUGUUGUUAGAGAAGAACUGGAAAGUCUAGACUUGGACACCCCACCACUGGAAUAUCCACAGCGUUUCACCAAAUGGAAGGAAUUGCUUGAAAAAGAUUACAACGCCAUGCGCAGUUUCUGUGCAGUCAACAACAUAUACAGGUUGCAUGACAUCUUUUCAUUUUAUCCACCUUAUGAGACACCAGAGGUUGUCCUUCAAGGCAAUGAUUGGCUUGCCUUUAAAAAUGUUGUUGAAGAGGAUCCACGUAUCAAGUACCAUCCACAAUAUCAACCAACUGAUUCACGGAGAAUGCUGAGAGUGUUUUAG